AUGAUGCUUGCUGCACGACGAUCAACAAAUCGUAUUGAUAUAUAUGAUAAUACUCCGUUACUGCAUCAGGAAUACGAUGCAAAUAUUAAUGUAAAAAGAAAUAAUCUUUUUUCUCCAUCACCACCACCCAUGUCCUAUCGGGAUCUACGUUCAUUUAUGUUAAAUAAAAGUAGUCCAUCAAAUUUUGUACUUAUACCUCAAUCAUUUAAUACAUCGCAUGAAAUAAAAAAUUCUUCGACUCCAGUAACAACAUCAGAAAAUCGUCGAAAAAGUGCACAUCGAAAAAAACAUAAACGUCACGGUGUUGACGUCUAUCGAUCACUUGUACGAACAGAUUCACGUUGUUCAGCAUCAUCUGAUCGUGAUAUAGCCAAUGAUGAAAUGAUCAUUUUAGCUAAUUCAUUUAUCAUUGAUCAUAUGACAGCAACACCAAUAAGUGGAUUUUUUCAUCCACAAAAUUUACCGAAUAUUCAAAAACAUCGUCUCCAUACUAAUCAUAGCGCUCGAAUAGGAAGUAGUCAUACAAAAUCAAGUUACACAUCAUCACCAUCAUUACGUAUUCAACAUUUGGGACGGAAACCAUCGGUGCCUCCAGAAGUGAUGCAUCGUACAUCACCUAUUGAUUUUCUAUACGAAACAGAUAAUAAAACAAUGAUGCCAUCACCAGCAUCAACAAUAAAAACAACAGCAGCAACAACAACAACAACACUGACGACAAUGAUUUCACCGCCGAUGCCCAAAAUACCAGACCGUAAACAAUUGCAUGUGUAUAUGCCACAAAUGCUUUCUUGUUAG